AUGCUGCAUCACACCCACAACACAGCCAAACAUGCAGCUUGGACGUGCCCUCGGUCCCGACUGCAGCCGGACGGCCAGUUGAGGCCGUCCCAGGACAUGGAUGACUCACGUGUGGUUGGAAGUGAAGCUAACGACCACGACCCAGGCGUAGCUAACUUCCAGAUUAGUCAGCCAUGUCUGCAUAAUGAGAACCCCAAGGCGGUGACUGAAACCGUAACUGCUAGACCCAUGGUUCGGAAAAUAAACUUUCAACAGAAACGCGAGCAGAUUUCUACGGCAGUACUAUGUUCUGAACGCACGGGUUUCGUGAUGCCUUCUGCAAAGCAUGAGUUAGGAUGGCCGACAGAUGACGUUGCAGAGAUUGAUGCUUCUGCCAACGAGUUGAAAAAGAUAACAGCAGACAUCCUUAAAAAGCUCUCUUCCUACUUGCCUCCACCUUCGUCGUCAACUUUCCAGCCACUGGAUUUAGCAUCUUUUUCUUUUGACUCACUUCAAUUAUUUGGGAGUUCUGGAGACCGUCUACUCAAUAGAGCAGCUAAACUUGAAGGAACUCAUCAAAAACACUUCACCGCUCAUAAUAGCCACCAACCUGAAUCUAAUGGAUUUAGCACAUGUUCGAGCGAUACGAGGUCUCAAGAACACGAACUGAAUGCCGAAUGUGGCAGUCGUUCCUACGGUGAUUCGUCGUCGAAGGAAACCCCGAAGAAUGGUGAAUCUACUGAAACGCGAUUCUUCACAAGUGGCAAUACGAUGCCCACCUCAUGUCCAAACUCAUCACCCACUCACUCACUUGCGACCUUGAGCCAUCCAAUCAUCGUGCUCACUGGUGGCCUAUUGAUCAACAGCUACGCACUGGUGCGCGCCUUCGCCUACCGGCUCUACUCCUGCUGUUCACCCCCGCCAUCAUCAUCAUCAUCAUCAUCAACGUCCCGUCAUCACGAAAAGAGCAAUAAAAGUGUGGAGCAAUAA